AUGGCUUUCGGAAGGACGCGAAACGCUAAGAGAUCAUCUUCCUCGAAUUCAUAUGUCUCGACCAUUACAACCGUAUUCUUUAUAACCCUUUUUGUUUUAGGUGUAUGGAUGCUUACCUCUGAUGAUGCAGUUUCUCUGAAGGCUACAACUCGAGCUUCUACCACUAUUACGCCUGAUGGUAAAGGGAGCUCUGGCUCGUUUGAUGAUAAUCCCGGAGAUCUACCAGAAGAUGCUUUAAAAACAGAUGAGAAGUAUCAAGGAGAUAAAAAUAAGUUAGAUCAAGGUAGUGCUAAGGAUUUUUCUAAGGAAUCUAAUGUAGGAGGAUCCUACGAUCAUAAUAAAGGGGAAAAUGAACCUAAAAUUGACGAAAAUGCGCAGACUCUGGGUGACAAAGAGUCCGCUGAAGAACAUGAAAAGCAAAAUGAACGCCAAAUACAAGUCUCAGAAGAGAGUACACUCACCGAGAAGCAGAACAUUCAACGAAGCAUUACGCAGGAUCAAGACAAUAAGAAAGGUACACUAUCGGAUCAGGUAGAUGAAAGAAGAGAUGGUGAUCAAAGCAAGGAAGAUGCAACACAAAAGUAUGAUAGCCAACAACUUAACCAGCAACAACUUAUGGAGGACCAACAACAAGAACAGGAAAAAGAACAACAAAAGGCUAAAAACAAACAAAAUUUGGAUGAUCAUCAACAAGAUCCGGAGCAUUUACAACAAAAGGAUAUCAACCAACAACAGGCUACAGAGGAACAACAGGAGCAGCAACCACAGGAUGAGAAACCAAUCACAUUUAGUGAUGAAACGAAGAAUGGUCCAUUAAAACAAGAUAGCACAGAAGAUUCAGCGAUAAAACAGGAAAGAGAGGACACAAACCAGCAAGAGAAACCAAUGGACAGGCAGCAGGAAGAAGAAGCAGGUAAGCAGGCAGAUCCCGAGCAGGAGAAUGCAAAAAGUACUCAGACAAGUAAACAGGAAACAAUGGGAUCAACUGAAGAGAAAUCAACAGGGUCACAUUCACUCCCUACAUCAGGGAUUCCAAAAGAGUCCAAUGAAUCAAAAAGGUCUUGGUCGACUCAGGCAGCUCACUCCAAUGAUGAGAAGCAAAGACAGAAGGAGACUGUAAAGGGACAAGAUGAGGAGAAACUAUAUGGGUACACAUGGAAGCUUUGUAAUGCGACAGCAGGUGCAGACUAUAUACCAUGUUUGGACAAUGAGAAAGCGUUGAAAAAAUUGCGUACUACCAAACAUUUCGAGCAUCGUGAGAGGCAUUGCCCUGAGGAUCCCCCAACUUGCCUUGUCCCAGCUCCUCAAGGCUAUAAGAAACCUGUUCCAUGGCCACAAAGCAGGGACAAGAUUUGGUUUCACAAUGUACCCCACCAAGAAUUAGCACAGGUGAAAGGCCAUCAGAACUGGGUGAAAGUUACAGGGGAGUUCUUAACUUUCCCCGGAGGUGGAACGCAAUUUAUACAUGGUGCUUUCCAUUAUAUCGAUUUCCUUGAAAAGACAGUUCCAGGAAUUAAAUGGGGCAAGCACACAAGAGUCAUAUUAGAUGUUGGAUGCGGUGUUGCAAGUUUUGGAGGCUUUCUUUUUGAGAGGGAUGUACUUACCAUGUCAUUUGCGCCUAAAGAUGAACACCAAGCUCAGGUUCAGUUUGCUUUGGAGAGAGGUAUACCUGCAAUAUCAGCUGUGAUGGGUUCUCAAAGGCUCCCAUUCCCUAGCAGAGUGUUUGAUGCUGUGCAUUGUGCUCGUUGUAGGGUUCCUUGGCAUGCUGAAGGUGGUAGACUUCUGCUCGAACUUAACAGAGUACUAAGACCUGGAGGCCAUUUUAUUUGGUCAGCAACACCUGUUUACCAAAUGCUUGAAGAAGAUGUAGAGAUAUGGGAAGCAAUGACUGCAUUGACUAAAUCAAUGUGCUGGAGACUUGAGAAGAAAGAGAAAGAUGCUCUAAAUAAGGUUGGAGUUGCCAUAUUCCGCAAACCAACAAACAACCAAUGCUAUGACCAAAGAAAGGAAAAUAAACCUCCAAUGUGUAAAAGUGAUGAUGAUCCUGACGCAGCAUGGUAUGUCCCACUGCAAGCAUGCAUGCAUCGUGUGCCAACUGAUGCAUCAGCAAGGGGAGGAAAAUGGCCAAUUAGGUGGGCUAAAAGGUUGGAGACUCCGCCAUAUUGGUUGAACAAAACUCAGAUGGGAAUAUACGGAAAACCAGCACCUGAUGAUUUUGAAAAAGACUAUGAGCACUGGCAAGAUGUGGUGAACAAGUCAUACUUCAAUGAACUAGGCAUCAGUUGGGAAAAUGUACGGAAUGUUAUGGACAUGAGAGCUGUUUACGGAGGAUUUGCAGCAGCAUUAAGAGACCGUAAAAUCUGGGUCCUUAAUGUUGUCAAUGUAAAUGCUCCAGACACACUUCCUAUAAUCUACGAAAGAGGCCUCUUCGGGAUCUACCAUGACUGGUGUGAAUCUUUCAGCACAUACCCACGAAGCUACGACCUUCUGCAUGCUGAUCAUCUAUUCUCAAAACUGAAAGGAAGGUGCAAACUUAUGCCAGUGAUGGCAGAAGUAGACAGAAUAGUCAGACCUGGAGGAAAAUUGAUUGUUCGCGACGAGUCCAGCGCAAUUGGAGAAGUUGAAAAUCUGCUAAAAUCACUGCACUGGGAGGUUCAUUUAACUUUCUCCAAAGAUCACGAAGGAAUACUCAGUGCAACCAAAUCUGACUGGCGACCAACAAAUGAAUCUUCAUGA